AUGAGGAUCACGCUGGGCAUGAGCCUGGAGGCGUGGGUCCCCACGGACGCGGCGGCGCCUCCCAUGGCCAUGGGCGCCUGGCGCGCCGGCGAGGUGGUCUGGGGCAACGGCCACUCCUACGUCAUGCGCUGGUUCGACGGCGGCUCCGACUCGGGCCGCAUCCUGAGGAAGUUCGUCCGCCCGCUCCCGGACCCCGCCGUCAAGCUCCCCGCGGACCUCGUCCCCGGCGACAACGUCGAGGUGCUGGACGGCAGCCUGUGGAAGUGGGCCGAGGUCGUGGCCGCCGCCGCCGACCGGUUCGAGGUCAAGAUCGUCGGCUCUUCCCAGGUCCUCACGGCGGACCGCAGCGCGCUCCGGCCCCGGCAGGUGUACGGGGAGAAGGGCUGGGUCGUGCUCCACAAGGGCAACAAGAUCCCCGUCGAGAGCGUCGUGCCGUCGCGCCCCAUCCCCGGCAAGAACAUCAAGCUUAAGGCCAACAAUGGCAACCUCGGAGGCGGCAAGUUCGCCGCGCCCCAUGCCGUCAAGCUCGGGGGCACGACGACGACGACGAAGAGGAGCAGCCACACGGUGACGGUGGACGGCGACGUAGCCCCGGAUGCCAAGAGGUUUCAUUUUCAUAGUAGCAGCAAGUUGUUCCCCAAGGAAGCACCGGAUGGCAACAGGUUGCAUAGUAGCAUCAAGUUGUUCCCCAAGGAUGCAAGAUACCCAAGCCAUUGUUAUCUGAUGAAGAAACGGCGGCAAGAGACGAGCAAUGAUGAUAAAUCCUAUAACGAAGAGUCGUGUGAUGCGGUCGGAGGAACAGCAAGAGACAGCAGCGACACCGACGACGGUUCUAGUAGUAGUAGCACGUCUGAUCGAUCGUCGUCAUCGGCGGAUGGCAGCGACGGAGACAGCAGCAGCAGCAGCAGCGGAAGCAACAGCAACGGAGGCGUUCCUGAAGUUCCCGCCGCCGGCGAGCGUUGCCAAGAAAAUCGAGAGGCGUCGAUCCCGCCGCCGCCGCGGAGCCGCGAGGAAGAGGAACACGAUUCUUCCGACGGUCGUGCCAGCGCGACAAUGCAGCACCGCCCGGCGGACGAGGACGAGGAAGAGGCGGUGGCGAUGAAACGAAAUCGGCAAGCGGCAGAGGUACAUGAGGACCACGGCCGCGUCCAUGGUCUGGAGCUGGAGGCGUACGUGAGCGUGAUGAAGGCGUUCCGCGCCACGGGGCCGCUGAGCUGGGCCAGGGAGGAGCUGCUGUCCGACCUCCGCCUGCACCUCCACGUCUCCGGCGACGAGCACCUGCAGCUCAUAAGGAGCUUGAACGGCAAUAACUAG